CUUGGUUAGCUCAAACCCGUUGUAAUCAUUCUUGAUUACCAUCAGCUGUUACAGAUACGGCUUACAAUGUAGAAGGGUCUAUCAAACUUUCCAGCUCGACAAGAACUAGUUUGUUCUCCCCUCCGACACGUGAAAAGUGGUAGAGUCCAGAGGGCGCGAGGCACUAAACUGUUUUGGCUGUCAGCAGCAGAGGGAAGACACAGAAAUCGUUCAGGAUGAUGGAGAAGAUGAGCGAGGAGAACAUUGAGGAUGUUAGAGUGCUGGAGGCUCAGAUUGAGAAUCUUCAGGCAGAAGUUGCAGCGUUGCAGCGCCAACAGCAGGACAACCACAAGGACAUAACGUUCCACUUAAGAGGACACAUACAGGAUGCCAUGUCAUAUGUGUGUGGACAGAAACAAGCAGGAGAGAAGGAGAAGGUACUGUCCAAGCUAACGGAGGAGGUGGAGGAGCUGGAGGAGGAUCUGAAGCGCCAGACACAGAUGAAUGGCAUCAGUCUGAACAGCUGCACGACAAAGACUCUACAAAGCAGUGGCAGACAGCUGGUCCAGCAGCUCUGUGUAUCAGGUCACUGCUCUGAACUGGUCUUCCAGGUGGAGUUCCAGCUCUCUGAGGUCAAGAAGGGUCAGAGAUCUGAGAGGACGAUCAGUGAUCUUAACGUGGUGAUGGACACCAGCGACCUACAGAACUUCAGCAGUUUCCUUUCUGGGGUGGAGGAGAGCAGGGAUCUUUUGCUGUUCUUCAGGACUCUCAGGACUUUCUCAGACAGGUGUGAUGACCGGCGCAGAACCUUCCAGCACUUCCAGGAGAAGUAUCCGUCUGUCGUCUCUCUUCCUGGAGGCUGCAGGUCAGCGGUCAUGACUCUGAAUCACCCUGAGCUUCCUGGCUGCGUCUUGUUCGUCCAUUGGUCCGUCGAGGUCUCCAGAGAGGGCAGAGUCACUCCAAAGAUCGAGCUGCUGACAAAGAUCCCUGAGAAAGCGCUGCAGUUGUUUCCCUCUCAGGCGGUCAGUGGCGCUGCCGAGGCCUUUCAGAGCCUGCUGAGAAUUCUGGGACCUGAAGCUGCUGUGGAGUCAGUCAUCAUGGCGGUCAGCCUUUCACAGGACACAUAACUCACAUUUUCAUCUCUGUGCACAACCACCAGUUAAGAUGUAAAACAUGCCAAAAACAUUUCUCAACUGUUGUGUGUAUAUUAAUACAUGAACCUUUUAUUAUAUGUUAACAUGUCCAAACUGAGUUGUAGUACAAAUAAAGGAAACACACAGCGAUGGCUUAGUCUCUUAGAAAUCUUUAUUCAAUAGAAAGAGCAUGAUGGUUUUAACAGCAGUGCUCAUUGGUCAAAAUCUACAAAAAUAAAUAAUUUAAAUACAAAAUGCCAAA